AUGUCCUCUGAAGAUGGAGACGACUCUGUAUUUGAAGAGUUGAGGGACGUGGAAAUAUACUGGGCGGAGAAAUAUGAGCUCUUCGAGGCCCACGGGUACGCACUGCGUCCUCGAUACCGGCCGGGCUGGAAACCAUCUUGGAUUGGCAAACCGCCCAUUGCAAUCAUGUAUGCGGAGGACGCGCUCUCAUUACAUGCAAGAAUCAACGUCAUAGAUGCGACACGCAUAUCCGAUGGCAGACUCGUCUAUCUCAAGAAGAUCGACUCCGACUCCGAAGAGCUCAAACUGUUGCAGUACCUCACAUCUCCAGAGUUGCUUGAAGAUCCAUAUAAUCACUGCGUGCCCCUACUGGACGUUAUCUACGACCCGUCUGAUCCUCAGACUUGUUUCGUUGUCAUGCCGUUUUUGCGGUACAUUGACCAUCCUCCGUUUGAACUUGUCGAAGACAUGCUCGAGUGCGGCGAGCGUAUCCUCGAGGGGCUCGUCUUUCUACACGAUUGUGGCGUAGCCCACCGUGACUGCGCUUAUAAGAAUAUAAUGAUGGACGCCACGGCUGUCUUUCCCAAAGGCUUCCACCCCAUGGCGGAAACGACACUCCCAGACCUUUCGGGGCUCGCCCCUUUCGUGCGCCGCAUAGACGUACCCGUCAAGUACUACUUCAUCGACUUCGGCAUAUCCACACAGUUUGCCCCGGACCAGCACCCUCGGCUUGUUCUCGGAACGGAUGGCCUGGACGACGAGGUCCCCGAGCUGUCUAACACAGUACCGUAUGACCCCUUCAAGACCGAUAUCUUCAUCAUCGGGAACCUUCUACGCCAGCAGUUUCUGCAAAGAUACUCGAACACAGAAGAGCUCAACCCUCUCGUCAAGCGCAUGCGCAGCAAAGAGCCGAGCCAGCGUCCGAGCGCACGCGAAGCUCUCCGCGACUGGAAAGCCAUCCGAAGGCAAAUCCACGGCAUCCGGCGGUACUGGCGGCUGCGCCCUCCGAGCCACGAAGAGCCGUGGCCUCUGACGCUCUGGUUCGAAUUUAAGGCCUGCAUUCUCGCCGUCCUCAGGUACUGGGGGUCUCCGAAUUGA